AAAGUGCGGCGUCCCUCUUAUUGUCUCUUUUUGCGUCUUCAGCGGGGACUUGUCCAGUGACAGCCAAUCAGAAGCAGAGCUGCCGUCGCCUCGAUCAGCCUCCCUGCCGAGAGAGAGAGAGAGAGAGAGAGAGAGAGAAAGAGAGAGAGAGAGAGCGCGCGCGCGAGAGAGAGAGACGCAUCUGGGCAGACCGAGGACCACGCGCCACAGAGGUUACGCUGCAGUGAACGGAUACACGCCGCACGCACGCGCCGCAGAGUCCCGCUCCGUCGUCCGAGGGAAUCGCGCUGCUGCGCUUCACACACCGGUAGCACAGACUGCCAGAGGGAAUGGGCGACUGAAGAGGCACGGGGAAGACUAUGACGCGAUACUCCUUCCUCUGAGCGAAGCUGCUUAACACGAGGCAAGAGAACAGGAGCGGGGAAAACGUGCUGGAUACAAUGAGAACUUACCUUCUUCUCCUGCUGUGGGCACACCUCAGCCACCACGCACACACCAAGGCCGUCUUGAGAAGGACUACAGAGGACUUGCUUCACGGGCCGACGGGUGCGGGGGUGGCCACGGCUGAGGGAGUGACCCUCAAGCGGUCCAAGCGAGGCUGGAUGUGGAACCAGUUCUUUUUACUGGAGGAGUACACUGGGUCUGACUACCAGUACGUGGGAAAGCUUCACUCGGAUCAAGACAGGGGGGACGGCACCGUCAAGUACAUCCUCAACGGAGACGGGGCAGGCUCCUUGUUUCUCAUUGACGAGAACUCGGGCGACAUCCACGCCACCAAGAGGCUGGACAGGGAAGAGAAGGCAUACUACACGCUCCGAGCGCAGGCUGUCAACAAGAAGACUGGCUGGCCCCUGGAGCCCGAGUCCGAGUUCAUCAUCAAAAUCCAUGACAUCAAUGACAAUGAGCCCAAGUUUUCCAAGGACGUUUAUACUGCCAGCGUACCAGAGAUGUCCGAUGUCGGCACCUCGGUUAUUCAGGUAACGGCCACAGAUGCGGAUGAUGCCACAUACGGCAACAGUGCCAAAGUUGUCUACAGCAUCCUACAGGGGCAGCCGUACUUCUCUGUGGAGCCCGAUACAGGUAUCAUUCGGACGGCCCUUUCCAACAUGAACAGGGAGAGCCGGGAGAACUACCAGGUGGUGAUUCAGGCCAAGGACAUGGCUGGUCAGAUGGGUGGCCUCUCUGGGACCACCACGGUCAGCAUCACCCUGUGGGAUGUUAAUGACAACCCGCCACGCUUUCCACAGGGUGUGUACCAGUUCAGUGCUCCCGAGUCGACGGAGGUGGGGUCUCCUGUGGGAAAGAUAAAAGCCACGGAUGCUGAUGUUGGCAAAAACGCUGAGAUGGACUACAGCAUCAUCGGUGGAGAUGGGAUCGACGUAUUUGACAUUGUGACUGACACAGACAGCCAGGAGGGGGUCAUCACCGUGAAAAAGCCCUUGGACUACGAGAAGAAGAAGAUGUAUGUGCUCAAGGUUCAAGUGGAGAACAUACAUCUAGACCCCCGCUUCCUCUCGAAGGGUCCGUUCAAGGACACGGCCACAGUGAAGAUCACCGUGGAGGAUGUGGACGAGCCUCCAAACUUCGAGCGGCCCAGCUACGUGAUGGAGGUGAAGGAGGAUGCCCCCAUCGGAUCCAUCAUUGGCUCAGUUAGUGCCACGGAUCCUGACGCCAGCCGCAGCCCAGUCAGGUAUUCUAUCGACCGACGCACGGAGAUGCACUGGCUGUUCAACGUCCACGCAGGGAAUGGCUCCAUCUUCACCCUGGAGGCCUUGGACAGGGAGGAGCACUCCUGGCACAACAUCUCUGUGGUGGCCACCGAGUUCAACCCGAAGCAGUCUAGUCGUGUGCCUGUAUAUAUCAGAGUGCUGGACAUCAAUGACAAUGCGCCAACCUUUGCUGAUGUCUAUGAGACAUUCGUCUGCGAAAACGCAAAAGAUGGACAGAGAAUACAGACAGUGAGCGCCAUGGAUGCAGACGAACCAGUUGGCGGCCAUAAGUUCUUCUUCAGCUUAGCUCCUGAGGCCUCUGUGAAAGCCAACUUCAGCGUUAGAGACAACAGAGACAACACAGCUGGGAUCCUCACUCGGCGCAGUGGGUUCAACCGACUGCAGCAGAGCAGCUACCUGGUUCCCGUGGUGAUCUCAGAUGGCGACUACCCCAUGCAGAGCAGCACCAACACGUUGACUGUGCACGUUUGCGCCUGCGACCGCGACGGCAACAUGAAGGCGUGUAGCGCCGAGGCCCUGCUCCGCUCAGCCGGCCUCAGCACGGGCGCCCUCGUGGCCAUCCUGCUCUGCGUCAUCAUCCUCCUCAUGAUUGUGGUGCUGUUCGCUGCUCUCAGGAGGCAGAAGAAGAAGGAGCCUCUGAUCAUCUCCAAAGAGGACGUGAGAGACAACGUGGUGAGCUACAACGACGAGGGCGGCGGCGAGGAGGACACGCAGGCCUUCGACAUCGGAACUCUGAGAAACCCCGAGGCCAUCGAGGACAACAAGCAGCGGAGGGAUAUUGUCCCAGAGUCGCUGUACCCGCCCGUCCGCCGGGCGCCGGUCACAUCCCGUGAGAACACGGACGUGCGCGACUUCAUUAGCCAGAGGUUGCAGGACAAUGACGCCGAUCCCACCGCCCCGCCGUACGACUCCCUGGCCACCUACGCUUACGAGGGAAACGGCUCCGUAGCCGAAUCGCUCAGCUCGCUGGGGUCUGCCACCACAGAAGGGGACCAUGACUAUAAUUACCUCACUGACUGGGGACCCCGUUUUAGGAAACUGGCUGAUAUGUAUGGGGGUGAGGACAGUGACCGGGAAUCAUAACUGGAGCAAACCGCCGAAGGACAGGACAGUACUGGCACACGAAGCUGCCAGGGGCCAAAAUAGGGGACACCCAUACAUUCACUGUUAAACAAAGUGCCCUUUACUUCUCAUGACCCACUCCUCGCUUGACUCGUUGGCGACCAGGCAGUACCUUAGAACAUGUCGUCUCAGUUUGAACAACAUUCGUGGAGCACUGAUAUUCUUUUCUCCCAAGAGUGGUGGACAUCUCAUGAGGAUGCUGAGGUUACAUGGGGCCCAGAAAACCUGACUAUAAAUAUGCAUAUAUAUAAUUUUCUUUUUUCUUAAACUGCCUCUCUGGAUGUUUCUGACAAGGAAGGCAGGUCAUGUUACGAAAAGACAAAUAGCAGUUUUUCAAAGUGUGAGUAAUGUUGGAAAACCACGAGUUGUUAGCUUGUGUCUGCCGUACCUCAAGUGAGGUAUCCUGUACGUUGCUUUUUAUCUGAAGUAUCUCUAUUGUAAAAACCACUGAAAAAUCAUACGCGGCCAUCACAUUCUACCGGACCUGCUACAGCCGUGCCGCGCAGGACUUGACCAGCGUGGUUGCUGACAUUUACUUGAACCUCUGGUACAUGGUUUUAUUUGCAAUAGCUGGAUCACUAUGUCCAGAUAGCUUUAUGUAUUUGAUAUGAAGGGGUUAAGCCCUGACCAAACUGUAUUACUGCGCGAUGAAUGUGCCCGAAGCGACGUCUAAGCCAAGGCGGCUGUGGACAGAGCGUCCGAGGCACGUAGCUUUCUGUGUUGGAAGGUUCCUGAACAAGCAGGCCCAUUAAACACAUCCGUUUGCUAAAUGUUUUACUCUCCAUAUGUACUUUGUACUUUUCAGUAAGAUAAUUCCUGUCACUUUGGACAGCUGUUCUCCUUUUCUCGUACACUUCUUUUAACAGACGUGUGCGUCCAACAGGGCCAAGCUUGGGAGAUAAUGGACACGAAGGAAAAGUAGAGGGGGGAAAAAAAGAAGUCCAUGAUCGAUAUGGCUUUCCCUAAAAAAGAUCGCAGUAAGGAAACAACAGUAUUUCAGCUUGUUCUGAAAAGGAUAUCCUGACCUAAGUGUGCUGCCUCGAUAGGUCAGCGCAGGUCUUGGGAUUUUAUCUGCAUGCUGGAGGAGAGAUUGCUCGAUAAACACAGCUGCAGGAGAAUUGUGGCCUUAAAAAAGAAAAAACAAGGAGAAAGCAAAAUUGUCGAAACUAGCACCCUUUUCCAAGCAGGGAUUGUACUCCGGCCCAAAAUAAAUAAAUAAAAAUGUGGAAACCGCUUUAGAAACCACAAUGAUUUUACAGAUGGAUGGGAAAAUGUGCAAGUAAUCACUGCACUCCAUCAUAGCGUGGCGGUAAAGAGAGGACAGAGAAACCUGGUGGGAGAGAGAAAAACACCGAGGGAAAGUGGGAGCUGGGGGGUGGGGGGUCGGACCACAGGCAGUCUCACGCACGCCCGUAAUGAGAGCCCUAAUAAAGACGGGCCGCCAGUGUUUGUCAUUUCUGCUUUUUACACGAACUACAAUGCUGGACUAAUAAACGCGAAACCCGCUUGGUCCGUCUCAUUUAAGGGUAGCUUAGACAAUCCCUCCAACGGCGCGUGACACGCGUGCGCGCACAUGUCUAAGGAAAAAUUACAUCGAUCAUUCAAGUGUCGUUUGAUUAUUAACCAUUUCUGCAACAACCAGAAUAACCUUGAUGGGUUUUGUGCUGCCUCAAAGAGUGUGGCGAAAUCCAGCGUUCCGACGUCGAAGUCCAUAUCCAAACGUGAUCUUUUUUCACAGUGUAUACGCUGUCAGCAUAACGUCAAUAAUUAUGAGACCGCAUCUAACUGAGGUGUUGCUGCCGUCGGGAAUCACUAUGGUGCUGGACUAAGGAGAAACAGACAGUCGUUUACCCGCAGCAGAAGUGACUUUCGGCAACUAUGUCGGUCGGAAUGCCUUUGGCACCAACGUUCUCCAACAUAUAAAAUAUGAAUCGCGCCUUUAGACAAAGUAGAUUUUGCCAGACGGGCGAGUGUGGUUACAUGCUGUUGGUGACACUACCUUUUCGUAAAAUGGUCAACUUUGUCAUAGCAAAAGUCAUAGGAAAGUCCUUGUGUUGCAGUGGCAUUAAACAUGAUUUCCCAUAGUAAAAAGCACAUUUAUUUUCUUUGUACCAUGUAAUAUUUUGUACCAAAUAUUUUUGAAAACAUGAUUAAAAAGGGUUUUUUAAAGUUGUUUUAAGGCUACACAGAUUGCGAACCAUCAUCAAGUGACUGUGAAAAGCUC